AUGGCCCGAUUACAAGUGAUCGAAGAUAACCCCUGGGAAGAAGAAUGGCGGAAGCGAGACAAGGAAGAGGAAGACAAUGAUGAAGAAGAAGAACUAGAAAACAUCAAAUCGAGCCACCAUAACACCGGUAUCCUGCCGAGCCGCAGUAUCCCCAUGCGGGAGACCCGGACUCAGAAAGGGCUUUCGCUGAUAUUCGGUAAAGUCGACCGCCAGAUUGAACUGCUAGAUAAGCAGGUCAACACUGUUCAGGCCGAGCUAUUACAGGCCCGCACUCUAGUGAUGGCCGUGAGAAGCACGGUCGCCAAUCUCAAUAAGCCUGAAGCCAGCAAUCUCCUCGAAGAAGAUGCCUUCACGAAUUACCUACGCAUCGCAGACCGAUUAAAGGCAAUCUCCAACAACAUAUUCAUGAUCAUACCCGAUCACGGACGCCAAAUUGUUCGCACCCAAAAAGCUUAUACCUAUAAUCCAGGGUUCGUUUAUAGCAACUCUGAGCUAGACGAACCGGAUCCUGAGCCUAGUAUUGACAUCGACGAGUGGACGGCUCGCGAAACCUAUCUAUAUGGUUACAAGUUCGAUAACAUGCUCUUCGAAUCUGCUUUCAAUGAGAGCAGCUCCUCCGAAUCUGUGUCCAGUGACUUUGCACCAGAUCUGAAUGUUUCCCCGCCCCUCCCGCGAUCACCGACGAGAGAAUGGUAUGCUCCGAAUCGAGCGAGAUGGAUACGUCGGCCAUCGCCAUCGCUACGCGUGGGUUAUGAGAGAAGACGACAACCCAUCUUGCGAAACCGUCACACCGUUCAUUUUGCGCGAACACCCCGUAGUAGAGUCAGCAGCGCCUUCUCAAGCAGGGACAUGUACGAUAGUCCGUCCGACUCAUCUAGCAUGAAUUACUGGCAAAGAGAGAAUUUCAGUCGUCCAUCUCGGCGGUACCCUUAUUAUCCAUCGAAGGGAAGGGUGGUGCCAGAGACAAGGAGGUCCCAUCGAUCUUCGUUUAUUCCCUCUACAAAAGUGGAAUUUGAACCUCAACACUGGCAGGUAAAUGAGAGUAGCCAGAUACCCUUGGAGGAGCCAUCGGUUCUGUCCGCAAUGCCCAAGGUUUUGGAAUCGACAAGGAGAGCAGUGAGAGCAGCAAGUAGAAGCCGUCACCCGUUAUCUUAUCGCUCUGAAUCGACCGAACAAUAUGAAAUUGAACCUCGAGAAGGAUGGGUAGAAGAAGAAAUUGAGAUACCCCCGGAGGAGCCACGGCUUGUAUCCGUGGAUACCCAGGAGAGACAGCAGGUAUUCAGCCUUGAAAGAACCCUGGAGGAGCCACGGCUUAUAUCCGUGGAUCCCAAGAAGAAACGGCAGGCAUUCAGCCUUGAAGCGACCCAGGAGAAGCCACGGGUUGUAUCCGUUGGCCCCAAGGAGACACAGCGGGCAUUCAGUCUCGAAGCGAUAUUGCACGAGGAGCGGACCUUACUCCUAGAAAAACUCUACAAAGUGCAAGAGCAACUAGAAGCUACACAACGUAGACCAAUAGUCAAGUCUCUAAUAAGCGCUAGGGACGAUAUCAAGGGCAGUGUUCCUAAGGAGAAAUUCUGGACCCGACUGAGAUCCAAAUUCGUAGACCACAGCAAGCAACAGGAUGGACAUGAUCUAGCAGCAUAG